GGCCACCAUUCUUCGAAGGCACCAACUACACAUAUUAGAAAGACCAGAUGAGAAUUUAUAUCCGCUCAACCAACUUCCAAUUGUGGUUAGUCAUCAAGAACGACGAAGAAACGCCAAUGAAAAAGGUUGGGGAGAAACUCGUCCCAAAGACCGAGGACGAAUUUGAUGUCGAAGACAUAAAAAAGGUAGAAAACUAUGCAAAGGCGAUCAACAUGCUUUACUAUGCGGUCAACCCCGACGACUAUCACAAGAUCUCGUGCUGCACAACCGCCAAAGAGAUGUGGGACAAGCUCGAGGUUACAUAUGAAGGUACGGACCAUGUUCGGAAAGCCAAGAUUGACUUCCUCAUCCAGGAGUACGAAAUGUUCAAAAUGAAGGAAGGCAAGAAGAUCGAUGACAUGUUCGAUCAGUUCUCAAAGAUCAUCAAUGACGUUCAUGCACUCAAGAAAACUUAUGCCAACAAGGAUCUAAAAGGAAUAGCGCUCAAAGCAACCAAGGAAACGGAGGAAGAAGUCUCAAGCGAUGAUGACAACGAGUUUGGACUCGUCAUCAAGAAAUUCCACAAGUUCAUGACGAAGGAAUUUGAGCGCAAAGGAAGAAAGCACGACGGUCCCCCGAAGUGCUAUGGCUGUGGCGAGAUAGGCCACAUCAAGCAGAGGUGUCCAAGAGGCAAAAACGGUAAGGACAAACCCGGCUUCAAAAAGCAAAGAGCGUAUAUCUCGUGGGGUGGCGACUCCGGCGACGAGUCAACUGACCGAGAAGAGGAUGAAGCUGUCAACCUCUGUCUUAUGGCACACGAAGUCCAAAUCGACGAUGUACAAGAGACGAAGGAUUCCAAGAAGAAAGGCACCACCAAAGCCACAACUUCAGCGCCUCAGCCGUUCCCUUACCUUGACGGUUCUUUCUUGGAGUUCGGGUCGGAGGAGGAACUCACCCGAUUCCUCACGCACUUCGCCAAGCGCCCCAUGUCUCCGCCUCGAGUGCUCCUGGAGUUGUUUCCCCUACAAAAGGGGUACCACGAGCUCGAAAACCAACUCCAAGCGUCGGGUUUGUGGCCCUUCGUCUCCAAGAGCCGCACGUCCUACAAUCCCGCCUUUGUCCGGGCCUUCUACUCCAAUCUCCACCGCGACAGAGACACUAUCUACAGCAGCAUCAAUCUCUACGACAUAGAGAUUGAUUUUCCCACUUUUGCACAGAUCGCAGGGCUUCCCAUCCGAGGCGACGACAUCGCAACGUAUGGUGGCGACGAUUGGAUCCUCAACAACGAGGCGGUCGUCAUUCGAGAGCUUGGAAUCACCAACCUCAUCCACCACGGCGGCGCGCCGACGAUCCACUCGGCCCCACUAGAGAAGCGCCUUCUUCUCUACAUCCUCACCCGGAUUCUUCGCCCCCGGGACAGCAGCCACACCUCGCUCUUCAACGAGUACUUGAAGGCGAUUCACGCAAAUAUCCACGGCGCCUACAUCAACUGGGCAAAAUUCGUCAUGAUACUCCUGGCGGAUUGCGCCUCCCUCGCCACCGAGCGGAGAUUGUCAUACGCCUUCCUUGUCAUGGAUCUCAUCGUGUCCGCCGAUAUCCACAUUGUUGGGCCAAGCACGAAGAUGACGAAGCUUUGGAUCAUCGCCGACAACACCUUAAAGAAGAAUCCAGAAACCGAGAUGACGCAGGACCGAGUCAUGGACUGGACGCUGCAAUGCCAACAUCAUGACAUGACGGCGUUCUUCCGUGGCAUCAACAACGUCACGCCGCCUUUUGACAGUACAAUCCUUGGCCAAAACUUCAAAGGCGGGGAUAAGGACGACGACUCCUACGCUCCGUCCUCCUCUCCCAACGAGGCAGACUUUGUAGACGCGGUCGACGGCGAACCCAUAGACGUCGAGGACGACGAUGAUGACGAGGACGCCGACUCCUAGACUCUUCUUAUUUUUUUCCUUUUAAUAUGAUUGUAUUUUUUUAAUUUCUAUUCCGUUGUAUUCCGCAUUUCCCUUUUAAUGAAUAAAAGUUUACUAUUAAU